AUGGCGCCCCCAGGCGACAGCAUUAUCAGAGAAGACACGCAAGAACCGUCGCACCUGUCACAGGGGGAUGACAUCAAUGAGCAGGCCACCCAACAACCCCCACCGCGGGCGUCGGACGAGAACGAAAUAUUCGAUCAGCAGACGCAGGAACAGUCCCCGCAGAGGUCCCGUCGGGAAAGGCUUCAGGAACCAGAGGACGACAACCAGCAACACCAACAGGAGAUCUGUGGGCUUCCGGGUUCUGGUGAGGCGCGACUCGACGCGGAGGAACACAGUGACGAUGGUGCUUCUGACUAUGCCAACGAUGAUGAGAGCACCUCCAAGAACGGUCGCUCCGGCCGUGCCAGCGGCUGCUGCGCCGGCGGAGACCGCACCGGUGCCGGCGCCACCGACAGCUCCGACCCGAUCGGUUCCUCUUCAUUUGAAAAGCCCGACAACCAGGCAACAUCCGCCUUCGCCGCCAAAGAGCCUGCGAAUUGCCUGAACGAGGUGGAGGAUGGCAGGGCUAGCAGUGCCGGUGUUGACUCGAGGUCAUCCGGAGCUGACCGAAAGGGGGGCGAAGGCGACAUGGAGGUGACGGAGGGUGCCGAAGACAUGGGCAGCGGUGAAGAUGAAAACCUUCCAGAAGAAGAGCUAGCUGUUGUGCGGGAUCAGCGGGAGAGGGAGGCCAUCAUCCGGGAGAAGGUCGGGGACGGAUUCCUGAAAAUCACCGAUUCCUACACGACCGCAAGCAGCGCCAUCAAGGGGGUGAAGGCAGAGCAGGCAAGAAUGCUCAAGGGCGAAAACGAGAUCAAAGAAGGUCUCACAAAGUUCAGCUUGCGAGUUAGGAAGGCCACCGAUGCCUUGCAGACGCAGCUACUGGCGGCGCUCAGAGGCGAACCCAGCGGCGCAGAGGAAGAGACCCCGCUGACUGCCGAGCUUGAGCAGCGCGACCGUGUGUGUACGGGCAUGAUCGGCGAACAUCACGACCUAGAAUCAACCGGACAUCACUCGCGGGAAGAGAGUGCAGCAUCCGCCUCUUCCACCAAGCCAAAUUCCGUCGUCAAUCAGGGCUCGCCAGCAGGAUGCCGAGCCGACAGGAGCAAGUGCACCCUGCGGCUGGACAGUCGGAGUGUGGUUCUGCUACCGCAAGCGACACGAUGA